UUUUUAUUUGUUUAUAAUUAGUUAUUUUUUUUAGUAAAAAUGUUUUCUACACAUAAUUUUGUAAGACAUUUAUCAACUCAAAUAAAUGGUGUCCUAUCGGGUAUUAAAGUGUUAGAUUUAACCCGUAUAUUAGCAGGGCCAUUUUGUACAAUGUUGCUUGGUGAUUUGGGUGCAGAGGUCAUCAAAAUAGAGAAACCGGGCGUUGGGGACGACACACGUCGGUGGGGCCCACCUUUCAUCACAAAAGACUUAUCGUGUUAUUAUGUGUCAACAAAUCGUAAUAAAAAGAGCGUUGCUAUUGACUUAAAGAAGCCACGGGGCAGACAAUUAUUGCUUGAUUUGGCCAAAAACAGUGAUAUCCUCAUUGAAAACUAUAUACCCGGCAAACUAACAGAGUUGGGCAUUGAUUAUGAUAAUGUCAAACAAGUUAACCCCAAAAUAAUUUAUGCCUCAAUCACUGGAUUUGGUUCCAGUGGUCCAUACGCUCAAAGAGCAGGCAUUGAUUUUAUAGCUAACUCUAUCGGCGGUUUAAAUGCAAUCACCGGUCCUGAAGAUGGUGAUCCAUGUCGUCCGGGAAUAGCUAUCGCUGACUUAACUACAGGUCUCUACACUAAAGGUGCCAUAUUAUCGGCACUAAUACACAGAGAAAAAACAGGAAAAGGGUGUAAAAUUGACACAAACCUACUGUCCAGUCAAGUAAGCAUUUUGUCAACUGUUGCUUCAAACUAUCUGAAUGCUGGUCUUAUACCUCGACGUAGAGGUACAGCCCAUGAAAGCAUAGUUCCUUAUCAGGCAUUCAAAUGUAAAGAUUCAAAAUAUGUAACCAUUGGUGCUAUUAAUGAACCGAUGUUUCAAAAAUUGUGUCAAUUGAUUGAUUUACCUGAAGUGUCAACUGAUCCUAAAUUUGCAUCUAAUGCUAAAAGAGUUGAGAAUAGAGUGCUUCUCAUAGGUUUGAUUCAAGAGAGGAUCCAAACCAAAGAGUUGACGGAAUGGCUCAAAGUGUUUGAUAACAGCGGCUUCUCUUACGGACCAAUCAAUGACAUCGACGACGUCUUUCGUAAUGAACAAGUAGUUCAUAACAAAUGUGUCAUUGAUUUAGUGACCACCGAUGGCACCGAAAUUAAAUCAUUAUCACCAGCUGUUCAAUAUGACAGUGAAAAUAGUGAUAUAUUGAGACAACAAUUCAUAGCACCGCCACUACUUGGAGAGCACACUCGGGAAGUGCUUAAAUCAAUACUUAAUUAUAAAGACACAGAAAUUCAGAACUUAAUUAACCAAAAAGUUAUUCAAUAA